CUAUAUCUGCACGAUGCAUAAAAUACAGGUUGAGAUGAACCCACAUCAUCACUUCAUCACCAACAAAAAGUGAGCAAACCCAUGAAUGUGGGUUUAGUAACCCCAUUGGCGCACACACUGCAUUUCCUUUUUCUUUUAUUUUGUUUACAGUCCCAUUUUUAAUAUUUCAUAGAUCGUCCACUGGCUGACGCCUUUUAUUCAGGCCAUUAUCUUCUCAUUUAAUAUUUGUGGGUCGGUUAAGUUCUUGAAUUUUGUGUCCAAAAUAAGAUAAAAAGUGAAUCUUGAAAACAGAGAAAACAAAAAGAAAAAGGAAAAAAAAAUGAUGAAAUCUGGAGAACAGCAUCAAGAUGAACAUGUUAAUGAGGAAAUUGGUCUCAAGAUCGAUGCCCCACCAUCAAAUAUCCUCCCGACAGAGGGAAAGAGCAGAGGCAGAUCCAGGGCUAUGAAAACAAAACACUCUGUUGCUGAACAGAGGCGUAGGAACAGAAUUAAUGAGAGGUUUCAAAUGAUAAGAAAUCUUAUACCCCAUGGUGAUUUGAAACGAGACACUGCAACGUUUUUAUUAGAGGUUGUUCAUUACAUACAGUUUUUACAAGAGAAGGUGCAACAUUAUGAGGGAUUUUAUCAACCCUGCAGUUCAGAGGCCACAAAGCUAAUGCCAUGGAAUGAUCAAUGGCAAUGGCGAGCUCAGAGCUUUGUUGAUCCACAGAACAAUCUCCCGAACAAGCCAAUAAGCAUGAAUUUGUUUCCACUUGCAAACACUGAAAAUGCUACAUUAAAUCCGGACUCACUUCGCGGGCCAUAUUCGGAUGAACAAUCGGUUGAAAGUCGUGAAGCUGUUGAUGGACUCAACUGUCGGGAUGAUUUGACUGUGGAGGAAGGGACUAUUAGCAUCUCGAGUGAUUUUUCACAAGGGCUAUUAAAUUCAUUGGAGCAAGCCCUCAAAAGCACGGGUCUUGAUCUUUCGCAAGCUAGAAUCUCGAUACAAAUAGAUCUUGGGAAACGAGCAUCUCAGGGUCGUGAAGACGUGGAUGAAUUUCACAAAAAGCGGAAGAUUUGAAAAUCGCUAGCUGUCUGGACAUUCUAAGGUCCAUUUUUGACUUAGCAGAUUUUGUACAAAUGUGUUCUUAUUUAACUUUUCCUCGUUUGAUGUUUGGUUUGCGGAUGAAUGCAGACAUGAUUUCCAUGUCGAUGCUAGUAAUAACGACAUAUAAGUAACCGCUUGUUACUGCAGAUGAUUUUGAUUUACCGAGGUGAAUAUUUUAGUUUAAUAGUUGUAGUAGUCACAGAUUUCAGGCAUUAGAUUAGAGUGUUCGGGUAACAAUUUGGUUAGAAACUUUCUCUUGUAACAAUUUGAUUAUCGGUAGUAUUUACUUUGAGUUUAUAUAAGUAUUUGUUGUCUCGAUAAAACAUAAAAAUAAAA